AUGCCUCCAGAUCCGAAACUCAACCUUGACAACAACACGCCAUGGGCCGAACCCGCGUGGUACAAAACGUUAGACUCGCCUUAUUAUAACCGGUCUCAUCGGGAACUUCGAGACAAUAUCCGAAAAUAUUGUGAUACGCAUAUCUUACCCCACGCCCUUGAAUGGGAAGAGAGGGGCACUGUACCACGAGCAGAAGCACUGCGGUAUGCCCAGUCGGGGAUCCCUUUCGAUGAUGUGCCUGCACAGUAUCGCCUCUCUCACAUUCCCGAUCUAGCCGGGCUGCCGCACCAUGAGAGGGAUGUGUUUCAUCUCCUCGUUUCCGUGGACGAGCUGGCCAGAGUGGAGGGGGGUGUGGGCAUAGCACUCGGUGGUGCAUCAACGAUCGGCAUACCUCCAGUCGUCCACCAUGGCACGGAAGAACAAAAGGCCAAGUGGCUUCCCGGCCUCUUUUCAUGGGACACCAGCUUCUGUUUGGGGGUGACCGAACCCGGCGGCGGCUCAGAUGUCGCACGGAUCAGGACGAGCGCUGUCAAGUCCGCCGACGGAAGGUUUUACAUUGUCAACGGGGUUAAGAAAUGGAUCACUGGUGCUCCUUGGGCUACGCAUAUGACAACAGCUGUUCGGACGGGGGGCGAAGGAUCAGGUCUCCAUGGAAUUUCUGUGCUGGUAAUCCCACUGGAUUCCAAGGGAGUCACACGCCAGAAGAUCUAUAACAGUGGGCAGAAUGCUGGUGGAUCAUCAUUUGUGGAUCUGGAAGAUGUCCGGGUGCCUGUCGAGAAUCUGAUCGGAGAGGAAAAUAAGGGGUUCCCUAUCAUUAUGAAAAACUUCAACAAAGAAAGAUACAUCAUGGCCAUCCAAUGUAAUAGGAAAAGUCGGACCUGCCUCGCCAUGGCUCUGUCGUACGCUAUGACGCGCCAGACCUUUGGGAAACCACUGAUCCACAAUCAAAUCAUCCGCCGGAAGCUGGCUGAACUGGCCCACCGGGUGGAGGCCCACUGGGCCUGGUUAGAACAGCUGGCGUACUAUAUCACCAACGCACCCUUAGGCUGGCAGAGCCCUCAGAUCGCUAGUCGCAUUGCUUUGCUUAAGGUCCAGGGAGGGCAGAUGCUUGAGUUAGCCGCGCGGGAGGCUCAGCAGAUCUUUGGUGGAGCAGGAUAUCAGAAAGGAGGGGCCGGCGCGACCGUGGAGCAGAUCAGUAGAGACCUGCGAAUGAUGGUGGUGGGUGGCGGGAGUGAAGAGAUCAUCGCGGAUCUCGCCGUACGCCAGGAAAUUUCUUUGCUGAAAGGAAAGGGAAAGCUAUGA